GUUUUUAAAUCAUUUUAAAAAUGAAACUCGUUUUUAAAAAUAUUGAAAAAGAUGGCAGCGGGAGUAUUGCUCUCAUUCCCGAGGAGUCUGAGGAUAUGUGGCAUGCCUACAACCUCAUUGCUGAAGGUGAUUCAGUUACUGCCUCAACUGUUCGAAAAGUACAAAUCGAGUCUUCCACUGGUUCUUCUUCGAGUAACAGAGUGCGGACAACCCUCACAAUAAGCGUUGAGACUAUCGAUUUUGAUACUCAAGCUUGUGUGUUGCGGCUUAAAGGCCGUAACAUUGUUGAAAACCAAUAUGUGAAGAUGGGAGCAUAUCACACAUUGGAUUUAGAGUUAAAUAGAAAGUUUACAUUGCACAAACCACUAUGGGAUUCUGUAGCUUUGGAGCGGGUGGAGAUGGCCUGCGAUCCUGCUGCUAGUGCAGAUGUCGCUGCGGUGGUGAUGCAGGAGGGCUUAGCACAUGUGUGUCUUAUUACACCUUCCAUGACAUUAGUCAGAUCCAAGAUAGAUGUAACUAUACCAAGGAAACGUAAGGGAUUUGUCCAACAACACGAAAAGGGCUUAAACAAGUUCUAUGAUGCAGUUAUGCAAGGAAUUUUAAGGCAUAUAGAUUUCAGUAUAGUAAAAUGUGUGAUUCUUGCAUCGCCUGGAUUUGUCAAAGAUCAAUUCUUUGAUUACAUGAUUCAACAGGCAAUCAAAACUGAUAAUAAGUUGCUCCUUGAAAACAAGUCUAAAUUUUUGCUUGUCAAAGCCUCGUCUGGAUUUAAACAUUCUUUAAAAGAGGUACUUCAAGAGCCAUCUGUUUUGAAUAAGAUAUCUGAUACAAAAGCAGCAAGUGAAGUUAAAUUAUUGGAGAGCUUCUAUACUAUGUUACAAUUGGAACCAGCCAAGGCAUUCUAUGGGAAGAAACACAUUGAGAGGGCCAAUGAAGCAAUGGCUAUUGAAACACUCAUGAUAUCGGAUAAAUUAUUCAGGUGUCAAGAUAUUCAGAAGCGAAAGGAAUAUGUGUCUAUAGUGGAUUCAUCUAGAGAAAAUGGUAGUGAUGUAAGAAUAUUUUCAAGCAUGCAUGUCUCUGGUGAACAACUGGAUCAAUUAACAGGAAUAGCUGCAAUUCUACGUUUUCCGAUGCCAGAGCUUGAGGACAGCGAUGGAGAAGAUAGUGACGCUGAAUCUGAUUAGAAUAUUAUGUAAUCACAUUUGUUAUAAAUUUGAACUGUUGCUGUCUUUUGAUAAAUUUAACAUUUAUCGUUGUUAUAUUUAUGUUGACUUGUUUCAUAAAUUAGAAUUAAUUGCUAAGUUAAAUAAACUCCUUAAUAUUUAGGUCUAUAUAUUAAGUUAUUUUUACAAUUUUCAACGAGAUCCUUGUAAUAAUUUAUUGAUAUAUUGUAUG